GUCAGACGCCAAUCUUGCGAGAGGUAUCCGUCUCUCUCUUCUGCUCGUCCGUUCGUUUGCGAAAACUACGAACUACCACUCCUUUUCGCGCGAGCCAUGAGCCCUUGACUCCUCGCGCGCAAUGACGCCAGACCACCAGGACAGCCUGGAGUACAGCAAUCUCGAAGUGAACGAGGCCGCGCAGGCGCCGUCGGAAAAGGCGCGCACGUCGCGCUUUCUCGAGGGCGAGCAGAACGACGAGGACGAUGUUGGACCGUUGCCCGAAGUGCCGUAUAGCAACCUUCCGGAGGCGAAGCACACGGACUUCCCGGAGGUCGUUAAUACGUCUCUGCCCGAGGUGAUUGACAGCACGCCCCCGGAGACGGCGCCCGCGGACAGGAGCCCCAGAAAAGCAGCGAUAUGCGGGCUGCGGCGGCGGACGUUUUUCAUCGUGCUGGGCGUGGUGGCCUUGAUUGUCGUAGCAGCCAUAGGCGGCGGGGUAGGAGGCGCACUCGGCAACGGCAAAUCAUCGAGCUCGAGCAGCGAGAGCGCGAACGCGGACGUCUCGGACCCGGGAAGCUCAUCGGCGGGUGGAGAUGAUGGUGACGACGGGAAUUCGACAGGCAGCGCAAGCCUAUUGGCGAGCUCGCGGCUCGCGGCCCUCAACUACACGGACGAGUACAACCACACCAACUACCUCGUCUACUUCCAGGCCAACACGAGCCGGCUGUACCAGACGGCGUGGAACUCGUCGACGGCGGACUGGACCGUGCGGCCUGUGACAGGGGCGACGGACGACGUGGAGACAGGCACGCCGCUGUCAGCCAGCAUUUUCUGGCACCGCGAGAACUACCGCGACCUACGCCUCUACUACCUCAACCGCACGCACCACAUCCACGGCAUCAUCAGCAGCGACGGCGGCGCGCACUGGAAAGCGUCCGGGAUAGUCGGGCAGUUCGAAGCGCGGGCGUCGUCGCGCCUGGCCUCGUACGGCCGCGAGUGCGCCGCCUGCCUCACGCAGAACAUGCUCGUGUACGAGGACCCGGCCGGCGCGUUGCGCGUCGCCUCGCCCGAAAACGGCGCCUGGACCGCCGUGCCGGUCGAUCUGCCCGCUGAUGUACAGCUUGUCAAUGGCACGGAUAUGGCGCUCGCGCCCGUGUAUACGGAUGAGGCGACGAAGCGUGUGGUCCUGUUUGUUAAUGGGGGGAAGUUGGUGCGCUUGGCGUGGGACGGGAAGAGCUGGAGUAGUGAAACCACGCCCCACACCCUCGCCGCAAACGCCUCCUUCGCAGCCCUCUCCACCGGCCAAAACAGCAGCAACAGCGGCGGUGGCACCGCAUCCACGCUCUCCUUCUCCGUCUUCAUCACCAGCACCAACGAAAGCGACAGCGACAGCGCCAACAACACACCCAUAACCCUCCUAACAAACGCCUACACCAGCACGACGAACAACAGCGCCUGGCACGCAGGCCCCGUGCCAGCCCUGCGCGCCGUGCACGCCGACACGGCGCUCGCGGCGAACCAGGCGGGGCGCGCAUACGCGGUUGCGGUUGCAGACGACGAGGAGGGGGCGCCGGUGGUGGUGCAGGUGAGUGGGUUUGUGGAUGCCGGGGCGGAGGGGGUGGUCGUUGAGAGGGUGGGGGUGGAUGUGGUGUGAUUGGGGAAGGGAAAGAAGAGAGUGGGGCUGGAGAGGUGGUUUUGUGGUUUUGGCAUGUUUGCUUGAUACCCUUGGCGCUGGAUGUUGGAUGCUGGUGGUGGGUUACAUGUCUAGGCCUAGCUAUGGG